AGGUGAACGCCAUGUAGAUUCAAAUUGGCGAUCGUUCGAGUGUUUCGACUUAAUCUUUUUGAUCUUUUUUCUUGUGUGUUGAUGUGUGUUUCUUUCCUUAUUCAAAAUAAUCGAGCUGAAGACGUUAAAGUUUAACGUUUCUACAUCGAUAUAGUCGCACAGCGGUAGUAACAGCAUUCCAAUCGAUUGCUCACAGUUUUUGUAUUGAAGAACAACUUUAACGAGAUUUGGACAGAACGAGUACGCAAAAAAGUUAUGCCAAGCGAAUCGAAUUACUGUGCUGAGUUAGUUUGAAUUUUGAAUCUGACGCGUAACGCGUGUACCACCAGCAACAGUCGUAGCUGAAAAUAAGAAGAGAAAAUAAAGAGAGAUUAAAAAUAAGAAAAAAUUGCAGCAAUUGAGGAAAUUUGUGUAUACGAUUCAAGUUGGUGAAUCGAAAUUAUACACGCAGCCGAAUUGAAGCAAUAGAAAAGAAAAAAUGGCCUUACUUUUGCGCAAAGACGUUCAAAAAGCGUCCUAUUAUGUAUUCUUCAUGGGAGCUGAAGAAUCGCGGGCAUUGCGCGGUUCUCGAAUUCUCUUAUCAGCCAUACCGUACAUCGUGGAUCGAUCACAAGAAAUCGAUCCAAUCAAAGUAACACUUCAAGUAUCGCACAAAGGCAUGAAAAUUGUGCAGGGUACAUCGAAACAUUUCAUUACGCACAGUGCAAUAACGUGUUCGAUUCAAACAGAUGACAUAGUGGCAUGCAUUUUAUUGCUAUAUAAUCCAAUUACAAAAUGUCCAUUGCACAUUCAUGCAUAUCGAUGCGAUUCAGAGUCUACUGCGCAAGCUUUGAAUCAGCAAUUGCAAGUGCUCAUCAAUCGACCGGAAAAUCAAAAACGUUUUGCUGAAUUAGAAACAAGAUUGGGAUUAUCAAGUAAUUCGCCGACUGCUCGAAAUUCUCUUCCACCUGUGCCAUCGCAGUCAAAGCAUGUAGCUAAAGAAGUUAAACGUUCUUCACAUCAUCGAUCGGACGAGAGGCAAGCAGCACCGCCACCACCAUUAAAUGUGAGUGGCAAACGAUUUGAUUCGUCAUUGGGCAGCGAUACGGGCACAAGUACACGCGAAUCGGACGAAGGCAGUGAAGAACGUACAUCGGUCGAUUUAUCGCCAACUCAACCGUCCAUUUUCGAUUCGCUUGCGGCUGAAUUACGUGCAAAAUUAAACGGAAAUGGUCCACCAUUAUUAUUGCCACCAAGAGAUUAUGAUACUAUGCAUCGUUCAAAAGGCAAUUUAGCCGCAAUUGAAUUACGUCGCUGUCGUAAUAAGCUAAUUGUUGGCGCAACAACAAAUAAUGAAGCAUCAAAAAAGCAUGGCGUUUCAUCGCGUGGUUCAUCUGGCAUUGGGUCAGACUUGGCACCCAGUCCCGAACGACAAGAGGGCCAAAGCUCUUCGGAUGAUGACUGGAUGUUGAAGAAACGCGACUCAGAGUCGAAGGUGAACGCUUCAUCAUUGCAUCGUUCAAAGAUUGAGAAAAAGCCUGUUGUUCCGGUGCAACGCUCCGAAAAGCCACCAUCUUAUUUGUAUCCAUUGCAAAAGCCAGCCUAUAUUAUUCCAGCCAGCAAGAGUUCCAGAGAAUUUGGCGAUAGUGACAAUGAUACGACCGAUUCACCGCCAAAAGAAGAAGAAAUCAAACCGAAAUUGGUUCGACCACGAAAUUUGGACGCACAUUUCAAGCAAAUUUUGAGCGAAAGAUAUUCGGAUGAGAAAGACAAUGAUGCCGAUCAACAGUUUAGCAAUGACGAGCGAUUUUUCAAAAACGAUAGCGUUCAUUAUGAUCGUAGUAUUGAUAAGAAAAAAUUGGUUCACACCAAUUCCAAUUCAAAACAUGUUCAACGAACAAAAAGUGCACCAACAAAAGAUGUAGACGAACCCGAAGAAGAGCAUCGUUAUCGAUAUCAUGAAUCAAAAGGUGGAUACAAUAAUUCAAGCGAACGACUACGUAAAAGUCGCGACAGUUUUGAAGACGAUGCUAAACAUGAAUACAGUGAAAAUUUAACGGAUAAACAAAAGUAUCAUCAAUCGCUGAUGAAAAAACAACAAAAUACUCGUGAAUAUUAUGACGAUGGAUUUCGUCCAAAAGAGAAUUCAAAUCGUAACGAAAUAAAAAGUUUACAUCGAAAUGAAGCGAUAAAAUCGACGAAACCGUAUUACGAUAUGGACGAGCGUACGAUUGAUAACAAAAAGUAUCGUUACAAAGGGAAAAUGCCAGCACCCGGCUUUGAUGAUGAUUUUGAAAAACGAAAUCCAUACAAAGAGCCAGAAAUUAUGCCGUAUCGUGAGAAAACUGAAUGUAUCAAGUCGCCGGUAAUGCGAUACAAGUCAUAUGAUGAUAGUGAAUACCGAGAUAACGAAUACGACAAUGAAUGCACGAGUGAUUGUGAAAAAGAUUUUGCACCACAUUCAUAUCCAUCAAAAUAUCGUGGAGUAUAUGAACCAAAUGAGCACAGUGGCAAUCGACAACGUUACAGAGAUAUGAAACGUAUUUCGCCCGAAAUUCAUGAUGGACCAAAGGAACGGUACCAUCAUUCAAAUGAAAAUUUUAGACAAAUGGAUCGGUAUCGUCAAGACCGUCAAGACAUCGAUCGAGCACAUCCAAUCGAGAAAUCAAAACAUUCAAGACGAAUGGUACCGAUGCCACGACCUGAUUUUGAUAUGAUUCCACCACCACCACCACCACCCAAACAUUAUCCACCUCGUCAAAAUUCAGUUUCGGUUGAUUGGAGCUCAGAUGAGGAAUUCGGCAGAAAUUCACCACCAAAUGUUCGAAUCAUUCCGCGCGAACGUGAACAUUAUGAAAAAAAUUCGGCAACACGAAUGGCCCCAUCGAAAUCACUUGGCAAUUUGGCCAAAGGAUACCGACACAGUUAUGCCGAACCGCCGUCACGUGGAAAUCCAAUGCGUGACCCGAUGCCACGUAAUAGCGGUAGAGUAGGGUUGGCAGCAGUCCAACCAUACUGAUUACAUGUUAUUAUUAUUUACUGAUUUGAAAAAAAGAAUGUCACAAUUUUAUACUGAUGCCAUUUAAUAUUAAAUUUUCAAUUUUACUCUUAAUAUAUAUUCAGCAACGAAAAUAAAUUUCAUGUUAAUUUAUUAUUUGUCAAUUAUUGUGACCAAAAUUGUCGCCGUCCGUUCAUUCAAUGUUUGUAAAUAGUUAAAAACAACGUUUUUUUGGCAAUAAAUAAAUUCUUUUCUUUUUUUACUUAUAUUUUUUUUUGUUAUU